AUGGUUCAUGAGAAAUUAGCAAAUUUAAGGAAAAGAUGGAUGGAUAAUUUGAUUCAACAAAGAGAUGACCCGAGACAACCGCAACAACGAAUACCAGAUAGCGUUACGGCGCUUAAGAAAACAGUCUUUAAAAGGAAUGCUCCAACAGUACUGCCAAUACAUGAAAUCAACAGGGAAGCAAACUUGAGUGAAUUCAUGUAUCAAGCGGAUAUGGUCCUCACAUUGCCACAAGUUGAGUUAAUCGGUGGAGGCAGUACCGCAGAUGCUCGCAAAAAACGACAAGCAUAUCGUGACGUAUUCUAUCCAAACACCAUUUGGGGCAAUACCGUUUACUACUACUUCGAUUCAACAGCAACUCCUGCCAUUAGAACAGCUUUUCUGGCCGCCACACAAUUUUGGCAGAAAAACACAUGUAUUACAUUUCAGGAAAACAUGUUUAGUCUCAAUAGAAUCCGAGUGUUCAAAGGACAAGGUUGUUAUUCGUAUGUAGGCAGAGUAGGUGGUCAGCAAGACCUGUCGUUAGGAACCGGUUGUGAAAGU